CAGGAAUCCUGGAUUUCAGGGAAAUGAGCUGUGGUGCAGCCACAUUGGGAAAGCCGUAAACUUUUGGAUAGUGGUAAGGCGGGAAGGGUCCUAUUUCAAUAGUACAGAGCGGGCUUUUCAAAUUUUCAAAUUACCCAAUGACAUAUGGCUCAUAACCAUCAGCCAAUCAAGAAGGAGAGUUUGCCUAUAAAUACAGCUAGUGCCACAGUACACGCUUCUCCUUUUCUGUUUUGAUUCAGAGGUAGUAACGCUUUGUUUUUGUUACAAUGGCUCGGACCAAGCAGACCGCCCGUAAAUCCACUGGUGGCAAAGCCCCCCGUAAGCAGCUGGCCACUAAAGCUGCCCGGAAGAGCGCUCCUGCCACUGGGGGAGUGAAGAAACCCCAUCGCUAUCGACCCGGCACCGUGGCCCUGCGAGAGAUCCGCCGCUACCAGAAAUCCACUGAGCUGCUCAUCCGCAAGCUGCCCUUCCAGCGCCUGGUGCGUGAAAUCGCCCAGGACUUCAAGACCGACUUGCGCUUCCAGAGCUCGGCCGUUAUGGCCCUGCAGGAGGCCAGCGAAGCCUACUUGGUGGGGCUCUUUGAGGACACCAACCUGUGUGCUAUUCACGCCAAGAGAGUCACCAUCAUGCCCAAGGACAUCCAGUUAGCCCGGCGUAUCCGUGGCGAAAGAGCUUAAAGGCUACUCAGUCAUCUUCCAAAUGAUCCAAAGGCUCUUUUAAGAGCCACUAAAUUUACAUUUGAAGGAGUUGUAGCACGCCUGUAAGCCCCUAAGGUGCCACAAGUGCUCUUUUUCUUUUUAUAAUUUAAGUGUUGUUCCGAGGUGGUACACCACUGUAGGUAAACUGCUUUUUAAUUUAAUAGUAGUGUUCUGUCUUUUCAGUAAAUGCACUUAUUUCCUAUUAGCUUCUAAACCCAUGCCAAAUACAAAGUUGCUAUUUAACUCUAGAAAUAUUUCCUAUAAAAACCCUUUGCAAUUCGAAAAACAGGUGAUAUUUCCUCUUUGAAAAUACUCAGCUACGUGGACUUCUGUAGGGAGCAGUCAAAGGAUUUCCUAAUUUACUUUUAAACAUUUAUCACGUGGAAACCUUUAUUCUCAGUCUGGCUAAAAGUAAACUGUAAACAAGCCGCCAAUGGGUUACUUUGGGGUGCGGUAUGUGAAUGAUAAAAGAUUUGAACAAUUCCUUUGUAAAAUUCAAGCCAAUCUAAUUGGAAACGAAACACAAAUGCGAUCUUUUUAAGAAGAGGGAAGGAAGAUGGGAGACAAGGAAAGCGGCAUUCUUGUGUCCUAUUCUCCUUAACGCCGCAUAUUAAACCAGCUAGAUUCUUUCGCUCGAAGAUGUAUCAGGGUGAAACUAGACAGCAAUUUAAUCAUUUCACUUAUUACAAGUAAUUACUAUUCAAAAAUCUCCUCCAGUCUUUCAUCUGUUUAAGGCAGGAUUGAAGGAAAUUAGAGAUCCCUCAUGAGGGUGCAGUGCCCCACAGUCACAGAGGCGAGAAUUACUGAAGGAUAGUUGUGCCAACCGCUAAAUAACCGCAAAUUAAAACACAAAAUACGAGGAUCGAGAGACGUUUCAUCCCAUUCUGUGGGUUAACUAUUAUCCCCGCCCCUUAUCUCUGGGGAUUAAUUUGCGUGAGGGGUGUUCAGCUGUAAGAGAGAGCAGGAAUGACAUUGUUUAAUGCACUUGUCGUUUUGAAAGAAAAAUAGCGAGACACGAAGCCUCUGCUAUAAUAGAAGAAAUAAAUAUGCACCGAGGUGGCAGAAAAGGGAAGGCGGUUUUGUAGACGGAGUAGCGGGGGGAGGGGCCGGGGGCAGCAGACGAGCGCCGUACGGGGGUGGUUCUAGGAGCCUGAAUUUCAGGGAAGCGGCCAGCUUGUGGAGACCGCUUUCGAUCUGUGCUUCCAGAGCUCGGCCGUUAUGGCCUGACAGGAGGCCAGCGAAGCCUACUUGGUGGGGCUCUUUGAAGAUACUAACUAACUGUAUUUUCCACUGCAUGCAUCCGAUGAAGUGAGCUGUAACUCACGAA